AUCAUCAUCAUCAUCAUCAUCAUAAUAAUAAUACUAUAGCAUAUGGCUUUCAUGAGGCUUGGUUCCAAAUCUGAAGCGUUUCAUCAAGAGGGACAAAUCUGGCAUUGCACAAGUGGGCUUCCGAGUGAUGUCACUGUUGAAAUUGGAGAGAUGUCCUUUAACCUUCAUAAGUUUCCCUUGCUGUCAAAAAGUGGACUAUUAGAAAAGCGGAUUGAAGAAAUUCCCACUGAAAUUGGAUCAAAAUGCAUACUGCAACUUCAUGACCUUCCUGGUGGAGCUAAAGCAUUUGAGCUCAUUGCCAAAUUUUGCUAUGGCAUUAAAAUGGAGGUCACUUCUCUGAAUGUGGUCGGCCUUAGGUGCGCAGCUGAGUAUCUUCAAAUGAAUGAAGAUCUUGGGGAGGGAAAUCUCAUUGCCCAAACAGAGAAUUUCCUAAACGAAGUCUUCGGCAAUUGGGCAGACACAUUGAAAGUUCUCAAAACCUGUGAAGAAGUUCUACCCUUUGCAGAGGAGCUACACAUUGUAUCAAGAUGCAUCAAUUCCUUGGCAAUGAAAGCUUGUGCAGAUCCAAGCUUAUUUAAUUGGCCCGUGUCAAGCUCCAAUAACGUGCAGAGCAGAUCAGGAACUGUCUUAUGGAAUGGGAUAUGUACUUCGCACAAACCGCAACCUGUGGGUGAUGAUUGGUGGUAUGAGGAUGUGUCCUUUCUUUCUCUGCCUCUCUACAAACGAUUAAUUCAAGCUAUCGAAUUAGGAGGAAUGAGCCUUGAAAGAAUUUCUGGCUCCAUCAUGUUUUAUGCUAAGAAGCAUCUUCCAUUGAUGAAUAGGCAAUCAGCCAUCAAAGACGCAGACCAAAUUGACCCUGGGUCAACCAUAUCCGCUCCUUCUGAGGCAGAUCAGAGGGCUCUCCUUGAAGAAAUUGUGGAGUUAAUCCCUCAUCAAAAAGGGGUUACACAGACUAAGUUUCUUCUUAGGAUGCUGUACACUGCUAUGAUCUUACAUGCAAGUCCUUCAUGCAGAGAGAACUUGGAAAAAAGGGCGGGGGCUCAGUUAGAGCAAGCUUCAUUGGAAGAUCUUCUAAUACCAAAUAUGGGAUACUCAGCAGAUACUAUCUAUGAUAUAGAUUGUUUGCAGAGGAUUCUUGAUCAUUUCCUGUCAAUGGACCAGGCUGCCACUGCAUUAUCUUCUCCUAGCAUAGUUGAAGAUGGGCAGUUGAUAGAAGGGGCGCCUUCAUUGUCAUCGAUAACAAUGGUGGCCAAUCUGGUGGAUGCAUAUCUUGCUGAUGUAGCCCCAGAUGCUAAUUUGAAGUUCUCAAAAUUCCAGGCCCUUGCUGGUGCCAUCCCUGAUUAUGCAAGGCCUCUCGCUGAUGGUAUUUACCGUGCAAUUGAUAUAUAUUUGAAGGCACAUCCUUGGCUAACAGAUUCAGAGCGGGAACAAAUCUGUAGGCUCAUGAACUGCCAGAAGCUCUCCCUAGAGGCUAGCACACAUGCAGCCCAGAAUGAGAGGUUACCUCUCCGAGUGAUUGUACAAGUCCUAUUCUUUGAACAGCUUAGGCUGCGGACAUCAAUUUCUGGUUGGUUCUUUGUCUCUGACAAUCUUGACAGCUCGCAAAAUGCAAACCUGGCACUCACUGAACAAGACAGAGUUGAGGCCACGGACACCAUGAAGGAGCGUGUCUCUGAGCUUGAAAAGGAGUGCCAGGUAAUGAGAAAGGAGCUUCAGAAGCUGGUGAAGACAAAGAGAAGAUGGAACAUCUUCUGGAGAAAAAAGUCGCAGUGUAUUAGUUCCAAGGAAUCAGCAGCAGUAUCCACACCAGCACCUCUCAAUGGACGGAAAAAUCAUGAAAAUGGCGAUUUGGUUGAUUAAAUAUUGAAAGGUUAAGUAUGUUGCCUUAUUGCAGUAAUAUUUAUCAUUUUUUAUAUUAUUAGAAGAGAAUCCCAUUUCCUACUUUUUGGAUCUUGCAUACCUUUUUCUUCUUGUAGUUGGUCAGAUAGCUUUAGCUGUUUAGAAAGCAGCUUGCAGUUGUAGUUUGUUAUCCAUCAUCAAUUUACAUGUAAGCUCUAUUCUCAAUGCUAGUGUUCUUCAAUUUGAAUUGACAGAGGAAGGAUAGUUGUAAUAUGUCUGUCUUAUGAUCAAUGAUAUGUUUUUAUCGAUAUUA